UCUAUUCAACUAUUGACAUCGCGACAAUACCAUAGACUUGAUAGACAUAGACAAGACCUAGGUCUAGAUCUAGAACCUAGCGCUAGAAUCUAGAUUUAGUUAUUCUUACUCUUGAUCAGAAUCUUAUAAAUCUAGAUCUAAAGAAAGGAUUAUCAUUAAUCUAUCGCAGGACGUCAAUAAUUGUCAAUAUGUUUUCUAAUUUUGAUGAAAACACAAUUUUUAAUGCAGUUUUGAUUUUUGCGUGGGCUUCUUUCUUAUGGGAAACAUAUUUAUCCCUUAGACAGAGACAUGUUGCUAAGACAAGCAACAAAGUGCCUCAAGCCUUACAAGGCGUUAUGGACCAAGAAACGUUUGAUAAAGCACGAGCCUAUCAUUUAGACAAGAGUUCAUUUGGAUUAGUUCACUCUGUCUUUAGCCAGAUUGAAUCAACACUAAUCUUAUGGUUUGGUGGUCUUCCAGCUUUGUGGUAUUUGUCAGGGGUACUGCAGUUAAAAUUUCGUAUUCCUGAAGGGGAGAUCUUUCAGUCUCUAGUAUUUCUGACACUUGCCAUGUUGUACUCGAACAUUACCUCACUGCCCUGGUCUCUCUACAGCACAUUUGUGGUAGAAGAAAAGCAUGGCUUUAACAAACAGACGUUAGGAUUUUUCUUCAAAGACAUGGCCAAACAGCUUGCGGUGACUUUAGUUAUUUCUUUGCCGGUGGUGGCUGCCCUCAUCUUUAUAAUACAAGUUGGAGGAACAUAUUUCUUCAUCUAUGCCUGGCUCUUCAUAUUGACUGUAUCCUUGGUUAUGAUCACCGUCUAUGCAGAUUAUAUUGCACCUCUGUUUGAUAAGUUUACGCCACUGCCUGAUGGAGACCUACGCACACGCAUUGAAGAGAUGGCAAGCAGCAUUAAUUUCCCUUUGAAGAAACUCUAUGUUGUCGAAGGUUCCAAGAGAUCCUCCCACAGCAAUGCUUACUUCUAUGGAUUCUUCAACAACAAAAGAAUUGUUCUGUUUGAUACACUCUUGGAAGACUAUACCCCAGACAACAAGGAAAUCACUGAGGAGAAAGAGAAAACUAAAUCUGAAGAGCAAGUUAGUUCACAAGAGGAGAAAGAGCUGAAAGAGGAAGCCUUGGAGGAGAAAACUUCUGAGAGUGAGAAGGCUUCUGAAAAUGAGACACAUUCUGAAAAUGAGAAGAACUUAUCUGAUACCGAGAAAAAAGAAAAGAGGAAAAAGAAAGGCUGCACCAAUGAUGAGGUCCUGGCUGUCCUGUGUCAUGAACUGGGUCACUGGUUCCACAACCAUGUUUUCAAACAGCUGGUCCUCACUCAGGUGAAUUUAUUAUUGUGCCUGAUGGUAUUCGCUGUGCUGAUCAAAGAAACUGUUUUAUAUUCAGCUUUUGGUUUUCACACGCAGCCCACUUUGAUUGGACUUAUCAUCAUAUUUCAAUUUAUUUUUGCUCCCUACAAUGAGAUUUUGUCUUUCAUUGUCACCUACAUCACACGUCAGUUUGAGUUCCAGGCUGAUGCUUUUGCCCGUGGCAAGAACCGUAGCGCUUCACUUCGCUCUGCCUUAAUCAAACUGAAUGAGGACAACCUCAGUUUCCCACUCAGCGACUGGCUAUAUUCUGCCUGGCAUUUCUCGCAUCCUCCAUUGUUAGACAGGCUGCGAGCCCUGGGUGACGACAAGAAAGAAGAGUGAUUGAAAACUAAAGGCAGAGGUUGUAUGCUAAUGCUGUUUUAUCAAGUCCAUUUGCCUUCAGACCAGCUUGUCCGUGCUUCUUCAUGUAUAGGUUUUUUUUUCUUUGAAAGUUCUUUACCGUUUGUAUUUUGUAACAUUUUUAAAUACUAUAUUUCAUUAAAUUUCUUUCUCUGCUUUAUCUAGAUAUUCUUGAAAUUGAAUUCUAUUUGAUUUGUUGUGUUGAUUUCUUUGGAAUGUGCAAUCACAAUUAUUUAAAGGAGGUAAAAUAGAAAAGGAUGGCAUCAUUGAACUGAGGCUUUGAGUAUGUCUGAUAUAGAGAAGACUUGAGAGGGAAGAGCUCCUUGCACAACUAAUUAGUACAAGUUUAAGUUUAAUUAGUAGAAGUUAUUACCAUUAAGGAGUCUGUUGUUAGAAGGCAGUAUUUAUUCAGUUUAGAAGCUAGUGGUAAGUUGUAUGUGUGUGUGUGUGAUUGAGGAUGAAGAUAUUUAAAACAAACCAGGGGAGGAAGAUAAAGCAGCUUUUUUUUUUGUUAUUGUUUGGGACUUGCACAAAUCUUCUGGGCUUCAGCUGUGGACCAUCUAAAUUCAACAUUGCACUCAUGGACCAUUUAAAAAAAAAUAUUGUGGAAUGCUGUUUUUUUUAUUUUUCAUUAGGAAUCUGCUGAGUAGUUAGAAAGUAUUUAUCUCAUUUUUUUAUUAACAGUGUUUGAAUUGGUUAAGUACAGUUCCAGUGUACAGUACAGCCAUAAUAAAGUCUAGAUAUCUUUGAAAUAUCAUUUUUAUACAUACCGAUGUGUUCCAAUUGUUAAAAAAAAAGUAUUGUAAUACCCACAUUUUGAACUAGAAUUCGAUGGAUUCUUCAAAAGUCAGUGAAGUGUUUUAUGCUGAACUCAUUUGAUACUGCCAUUGAUUUUUUUGAUAUUUUUUUUUUAACACUUGUUUCAAAAUGUUAUUCAACAUCUUGGGCAUACGUCUAUAACCAAAGAAAAUUUUUUUUCUCUUAGACCACGUCAUCAUUCUGUAUGUUUAUUUCUUGUUAGUGACAUAUCUUUAUCAUGUGUAUUAUGAGGCGUAUGUAAGGCGAGGUAUAUAACUAUGGUUUAUUUUACAAGCUGUCAAAAUAAUAUAAAUUUGCGAUUAAAUUUUUAGCUAGCAAACAGACAGACCAAGUGUAUAGUACUUAGGUAUAGUAAACCAUUAUAAAUUUGGUUGAGGGAGAGAGAUUGAAGCCUCAUUUUAUAUUAUCUCAUCUCACUGUAGUAUAAAUAGUCUGCAUGUAGCGGUCAAACAUUAUCUAGAACUCUGCUAGUCAUUUGUGUGCUAAGCGAAAUAUGAUCAGUGUUGCGAAAUUAGAAAUUGUGGGCAUUAUAGAGUGAAUAAUGUUAGGCAUCUUAAUGCAUUCUUAUCCCAUGUGGUGGUACUAAUAAAAUUCUUUGAUUUUUUUUUUAAUUUGUUCAUGUAUUUCACUCAUUCUCAGUGAAUACUGCAACAGUUCAAACUUAUUUAACCGGCUUGUUAGACAUUUGUUAAAACUAUAUGUGGUCUCACAUUGAACCUCUGUAUGUGGUCUCACAUUGAACCUCUGUAUGUGGUCUCACAUUGAACCUCUGUAUGUGGUCUCACAUUGAGCCUCUGUAUGUGGUCUCACAUUGAACCUCUCUAUGUGGUCUCACAUUGAACCUAUCUGCUGUUUUUUUUAUUCUUUUUUUCAGUUCACUUAUUUAGGUUUUGGCUUUUUUUUUGUUGUUGUUGUCUACAUUGUUGCUUCCGAAGGCAUUUGUCCAAUCAGAACAACCCAAGGUCAGCGUUUACAAUUGCAUUGAGAACUUAAGCUAGGCAUUUUUAGAACUGACCAUAAACAAGUUUUUGAUUAGUCAUGGGAUGAAAGAAUACUCUCUUAUGAAUACGCUUCUGCUGAUUAGUUGUAAGGACUACAGUUUACUUCAGUGUGCUGGAUGUAGUGUUCUUAUUACCUCAUUAUAUAUGGUUAUAUAGUUACAUACAAACACAAUGUAUGGAGUAUAAUUAAGGUUAUAAGGGACCAAAGGCAUGCAAGUGGAUUAUGGGAAUUGACCUAAAUGUCAAGUAUGUGUCUCUUGUAAAUGAAAUCAUCACACUGUUCCAGUAUGGAUGCUUGGUCAUGUGGUAUGUGGCAUCUGGAGUAUUGUCUCAAUGGCCCCAGGUUAGCCCCUUGCCUUCCCCCUUUGUUCUGCUGAAGGUUUGGGCUAGGAUGUAUUCAAAUCUGAAGGAACAUCCAAAACAUGUAAAACAAACAAGUUUGUACUUCAUAGCUUCAUGUAGUUUUGUAUCAAGCUACUGUACAGAUGUGAUUUGUACACUUGUCAGCUCUGUGCAGGUCAUGCAUUACAAUUGUUGUUCUUGUAUUGUUUCCUUGCUUCUGUUCAGACCACUGUAACAUACAGUCAUACAGAGAGUUGUAGCAAAUGUUGGUAUCUUGUUACAGUCAUGUAGUUUGUCAUGGUUCAUGGACAUGGCUUAUAAUUAGUUGAAGGUAGACAAAUCUUUUUACAUGUGAUGGCUGCAUGGUUGUUUGGUAUUCUUUCCAGACUUUCAUCACAAUGGCCUGAGUCUGAACCUGCAUGAUACCAAUCUAGUGGAGGUUUGGGCUGAGAUAUAAUAAUUUUUAUUGCUGAAAAUUAUAAAACAAAACAAAAUGUGUAUCCAUGGCAACACCCACAAUGUAUUAAUUUACUUUGUUGGCUCCUAAACACACAGGUCAUGGCCCCAAUUAGAGUG